GGGCGCACGGCGCGGAGCGCGCGGCGGCUGCACGCAGGGUCAAAGGCCGCGCUGUCGCCCUGGCGACGGUUUCCCGGCGCCGUGCCGCCGCCCGCUGAGCCUUCUUCGCCAGCACCACGGGGCCACGAAGCGGAGGCCAUGUCGGCCGCCCAGUCCUUCUCUGUGGGCGCGUCCUUCUCUGUGGUCGAAGGAGUGCCUGAGACUGAGAAGAACGCUGGGGAGUCCGAGAAUACCUAUAUUCUGCGGCCCGUGUUCCAGCAAAGGUUCAGGCCAUCUGCGGUUAAAGACUGUAUCCAUGCUGUGCUCAAGGAGGAACUGGCAAAUGCGGAAUACUCUCCAGAAGAAAUGCCUCAGCUCACAAAACGUUUAUCAGAAAACAUUAAAGAUAAAUUAAAAGAAAUGGGAUUUGACCGAUAUAAAAUGGUGGUGCAAGUAGUGAUUGGAGAACAAAGAGGGGAAGGUGUAUUCAUGGCUGCUCGCUGUUUCUGGGAUGCUGACACCGACAACUGUACUCACGAUGUUUUCAUGAACAGCUUAAAGUACUUUAUUUAGAAGAUUCCAGGAAAAGACCAGUAGAAGAUGAGGAAAUGAGAGAGGGGAUAGAAAAGCAUAUACUACUGAGCUGAUAAUUGCUGUGGAUAACCAGGGCUGAAGCCUGAUGGAGAACUCUGGGUGGUACUGGGGUCCGCAGACCAGUGCCAGUCUAUGAACUGUUUGUUAUACGUCCUCAACAAGAUAAGUACAUAAAUUAUGUGUAAGGGUUUAGAAACUCUCAUGGAAUUGACAAAGUAAUUUUAUGUUCAUUGAAUCUAAUAAUUUUAGGUUAUAUUUGUAUGUUUCUUUUUUCAUUUCAUCUUAGUUAUUAAUUUUUAUUGUAUUUUAUGAAAGUAUAAGUUCAUAAAGGAUUGGAAAUUUUAAAAAUUAGGUCCCUCACCACAGAUAGCACUGUUUUAGAACACAGCUCACAAUAAUCCCACCCAAGGAGCCAAGGAACUGGGCUAACCAAAGAAUUUGCUUUUGGUUAAUAACCAGAUAACUUGAACUCAUAUUUUUUCCCAUCAUUGCCAGGCUGGAGGUGAGGUUGGCGGGUUAGGAGUUGCUGAGGCAGGUGGAACUCCUGUAAUAAGUACCCAAAAACAUGAUUUGACAAAUUUAACUUGGAUCUGGAGCACAUUUUGAGAUUCUGAGUUAUAAGAUGGACAAAUGAAUUUUAUCAAUUAAGAACAAACAACCAGACAUCAUUUAUUCUCAUCCAGAAUUUAUGACAAGGUGCUGUUAUUUUCAUUAUCUGUGAUAGUAUAAUAUCCUUGGGUUGGGUAAUGCAUUUACUCCAAGAAACUCAAAGCAUUUUAGUUAUUAUUUCUUUGAUAAAUCAGGAAUAAUGGGAAUACUUUUUUUUUAAAUUUAUUUUAUUUUUUUUGGGGGGGGUACAUCAGGUUCAAUCAUCUGUUUUUAUACACAUAUCCCCAUAUUCCCUCCCUUCCUUGACUCCCCCCAAGGAAUACUUAUUUUUUGAAUAAAUAUUACAUAAAGUAUAUUUUGCAUUUUAUUUCUUUAUUCAGAAAACUUAAUUCUUUACCCAUCCUACCCUUUUAGCAAGCAACUUUGCAACUAUCCUGAGGCAUGCAAAUUUAUAGCCAUCCUCUGGAAAACCUGUUUCUUGAAGGAGGGAAAGAGUCUUCAUGAUUGAAAAUUGGCAAAGAUCUGAGAUGAUGUUAAUUUCAUGUCUGUGCUGCCCUUAGUCCUUCAUUAGUACUAACAUUCUGGAUUUGUGUGUUUGUUUUCUGUUUUAU